AUGGAUUCGGAUGUUCGAGGCCCGGAAGGGGUCGAGCUGCCGACCGAGAACAGGUCGGGGGUUGUGAGGGCCGUCGUCUCUACAUUGAUACCACUCGCAGCACUGGUAGUCGGCCUGCGCUUCUACGCCCGACAUCACCUUGACCGCUGGGUCGGCAUAGACGAUUGGGCUGUGUUGGCGGCAUUUGUUUUCACCGUGGGUUUGGGCAUCACUAUCUGUCUCAUGGCCGAGGUGGGACUUGGACAACACUUGUGGGACCUCAGCGAAUCGCAGAUCGAGCAGUACUUCAAGCGAUUUUACUUCACAGUCAUCCUAUACUACUGCGCCCUGGGCUCCAUCAAGAAUGCGCUGCUGCUGCAAUACAGACGCAUAUUCGGGUCCAAGCUUCGCCGGCCGAUCAACAUUGCCUUGCUUGUUAUUGGCUCAUGGAGCAUCGGCCUCGUGCUGGUGUCCAUAUUCACUUGCCACCCAAUCUCGGGAUACUGGAUAAAGGACGUCAAGGCCACCUGCAUUCCUACGUACCAGUGGUAUAUCCACUCCGCUGGCAACAUCCUGAGUGACCUUGUGAUAUUCACCUUGCCCAUACCGGUCCUGUGGAACAUGAAGGUCUCGAUGAGGCAGCGGCUCCUCUUGAUCCUCGUUUUCUCAUUAGGUCUUCUCAACUGCUCCAUAUCAGGUAUUAGGAUCAAGUACCUACCCAUAGUAAACCGCAACCCAGACGUCACCUACGACAACCUCGACGCCGCCGCCUGGACAAUGGGCGAGGUGUGCCUCGCCAUAAUCUGUGCCUGCCUCCCAACCCUACGUCCCAUAUACGCCCGAGCCGCAAGGCAGAGGUUUACAGACAGCCUGGGGCCCGGCCUGAGGCGACGCAAGGCGGCGUACUACGGGGGCCCCGGCCGUGACCUCCUCACGCCAACCGAGGGCGUGUCGUCCUCCACGGGCAUCAUGUCCCGCCGUGAUCACCAAAACAUCGACAUCGAGAAGCUCGCCAGCCCGCGGGCGACCCCGAAGCUGAGCUCGAUCGACACGAGCUCCGACUGCACGCGGACGGGGAUCUACCAGUCGCAGUCGCAGUCGUCGCGCGCCCCGUCCCAGUGCGAUCACCACUGCUACGAGCUCGUGGAGAGCCCUCCGCUGGUGCAGCAGCACCCAGAGCGGAAGCUGCCCAGGCCGAGGGUGGCCAGGGUGCCUGGCGCCCUCACCAGCCCGUGCCAGCCGCCCGAGCACCGGCGGCCGUCCGUCCAGAGCAUCCUGGACGAGAUCGUCGUCACGCAGCCGCCGAGCGCCAUCAUCCACGAGGCGCUCGGCAGCAACUUCCCGAUCCGGGUCGCGGGGCACGUCGAGCCCCUGGGCGCGUCGCGGGGCCGCUUCAGCUCCAUCGACACGGUCGCCAGCGAGGGGCUCAGCCCCCCGAGGCCCAGGAUACGGCGCAUGGCGUCGGAGGGCUCGGCCGCCCCGCACGUGUCGCACCUCACAUCACCAACCUGGCGGGACCCCGGGUCGGCAGCGCGGAUGCCGGCUGACUUCUUCAACAGGGUCGACUUCCAGGUCGUAGGCUGGGGCAGCGGGUCGGCGAGCCGUUCCCCCAGGGAGGUCGGCCACGCCCCGCGGGAUCUUGUGUAGGCGGCGGGCGCGGCUUUCAGAACUAAGUACCUACCUGGACACAUACAGGAUGCAUGUGCACAUACGGGACACGUGUGGAGAGGAGAAGGACAGAUAUUCAUCCUUCGAUAUUUUCUUUUGAUGAUACCCAUAAGGCUUUUGGGGUAAGGACCACUAUAGACGGCGGGCAAGAGGGAC